CGCAAACAGAUUGUUGACGGUGGUUACUUUCGUUUCUGGUCAGGCUUAGUAUGUGUGCACUAAAUGCGAAUCCAAGUAAUGAUCCUUUAUCAGGGGAAAGAGUCAAAUUCCAUCGUUUGAUUGUUGACGAACCGAUAAAAGAUGAUAACUCGGUAGUUUAUUUAUCUCAAGCCAAGAUGGAUGCAAUGAAUCUGUUUCGUGGGGACACUGUUUUGGUCAAGGGUAAGAAACGUAAAGAAACUGUGUGUGUAGCCAUUGUGGACGAGAGUUGCCCAGACGACAAGAUUCGUUUAAAUCGUUGUAUUCGCAGUAAUCUACGAGUUAAGCCAGGAGAUAUUGUCAGUUUAAAGAGUCUUCCUGACAUCCUCUACGGGAAACGCAUUCACGUGCUGCCUAUUGACGAUACUAUUUUUGGUCUUACAGGAAAUUUAUAUGAAGCUUUUCUAAAACCAUACUUUUUGGCUGCCUACCGACCUGUACAUAAAGGCGACAUAUUUGUCGUACGUGGUGGGAUGCGAGCUGUUGAGUUCAAAGUAAUUGAAACAGACCCAUCACCUUAUUGCAUUGUUUCCCCUGACACUACUAUUCACACAGAAGGAGAUCCAGUUAAACGAGAGGAUGAGGAAGAAAAGCUGAAUGAAAUAGGUUAUGACGACAUAGGAGGUUGUCGUAAGCAGCUGGCUCAAAUAAAAGAAAUGGUUGAGUUACCUCUUCGUCACCCUCAGCUGUUCAAAGCUAUAGGUGUGAAACCUCCUCGCGGAAUACUCCUUUAUGGACCUCCUGGUACUGGAAAAACCUUAGUUGCUCGGGCAGUAGCCAAUGAAAGUGGAAGCUUUUUCUUUUUAAUCAAUGGGCCGGAGAUAAUGUCAAAAUUGGCCGGCGAGUCAGAAUCUAACCUACGCAAAGCGUUCGAAGAGGCAGAAAAAAAUGCACCAGCCAUUAUUUUUAUUGAUGAACUUGAUGCGAUCGCCCCUAAGAGGGAAAAAACCCACGGUGAAGUAGAACGCCGCAUCGUUUCUCAAUUAUUGACAUUAAUGGAUGGUCUAAAACAACGGAGCCACGUAAUUGUCAUGGCUGCUACGAAUCGUCCUAAUAGUGUUGACCCCGCAUUGAGACGCUUUGGUCGUUUUGAUCGCGAAAUAGAGAUAGGUAUUCCUGAUAGUAUUGGGAGACUGGAUAUUUUGCGGAUACACACCAGGAACAUCCGGCUGGCUGAAGAUGUUGAACUUGAGCAAAUAGCCAAUGAAGCUCACGGUCACGUAGGAGCUGAUCUAGCUUCGUUGUGCUCAGAAGCUGCCCUCCAACACAUAAGAAAUAAGAUGAAUCUUAUUGACUUAGAAGACGAUACAAUUGACGCUGAAGUAUUGAACUCGUUGGCCGUAACGAUGGAUGACUUUCGUUGGGCUUUAGGAAAGAGUAAUCCGUCCGCUCUUCGCGAGACCACAGUUGAGGUACCAAAUGUCACCUGGGAUGAUAUUGGUGGGUUAGAAAAUGUGAAACGAGAGCUCCAGGAACUGGUUCAGUAUCCCGUUGAACAUCCUGAUAAAUUCCUGAAAUUCGGUAUGACUCCUAGCAAAGGUGUCCUGUUUUAUGGUCCGCCAGGUUGUGGUAAGACGUUGUUGGCGAAGGCGAUUGCGAACGAAUGUAAAGCCAAUUUUAUCAGCAUCAAAGGACCCGAACUCCUUACUAUGUGGUUUGGUGAAUCUGAAGCAAACGUUCGGGACAUUUUUGAUAAAGCUCGACAAGCGGCACCGUGUGUGCUUUUCUUUGAUGAACUGGACUCGAUUGCCAAAGCUCGUGGAGGUAGCGUUGGUGAUGCUGGAGGUGCUGCUGAUCGUGUUAUCAACCAACUUCUAACCGAAAUGGAUGGUAUGUCUGCUAAAAAGAACGUUUUUAUCAUUGGUGCCACUAAUCGCCCAGAUAUUAUUGAUGGGGCCAUCUUGCGUCCUGGAAGACUCGACCAACUAAUUUACAUUCCACUGCCAGAUGAAGCCUCAAGAGCUAAUAUUCUAAAAGCUAAUUUAAGAAAAUCCCCAAUUGCAAAGGUAAGUUAUACUUUUUGUCUGAUCUUCAUUAAUGAAGCAUUUCAAUAUCGGUCUUCUACAUUUUUGAUGGAAGUAUAGGAUCUGUAAACUUAACUGCACCAAGCAUAGAAGUGCCCUUCGAUGAUAUUAGGAAAUUCACACCACGUUUUCAGAAUUAUAAAAUAUGACUUUCGGAUUUCGGCACCAGUUUGUUGGGAUUGUCUUGAGUUACACUUGAUGCUACUAAUUUCGAUUCCCUUCAAAGUGGUGAGUGUUCACCUUUAGUUCUAAAUAUGAAGGUGGGAGAAACUUAGUUUCCUUCGAUUCAGCUAUUUUGUAGUCUACCGGUUGACAAUAAAAAUCAUAUUUGUACUACCCAUUGUGACUCGAAAUUAGAGAUAUGUUAGUUAUUGCCAGGUGAUUUUUGUCUGAUAAUUCUCCCUAACUGUGCAAUUAUGCGUAAACCAAAUUCUUUCUACAUUUACCACAUAACUCUAUUUAUUUACAAACCCACGGUACUGUAUUCCUUUCCGCUUGAAUUUUGUAAAUAAUGGUUACUCGGUACUCUGAUAACAUCUAGAUUCCCAUCACGUGAAGUGCUUUGUACUACGAAGCUCCAAGUGUUUGUCAAAAAUUCUAACUUCUCCCUCUAGGGGGUUACCAUGCUCUCAAUCUGAUUGAGUUCUUUUUACUUCGGUGAUAGUAAAUGUGACGAUUUGAGCUUAUUCCUUGCAUCACACGUUGUUUAGGAGUAACCUAAGUUGUCACGCAAAAUUCGGCUGCGUAAUAGCAUACAACGGAAUAUUAUGCUAUCGAUGGUACUCCUGAGUCUGAAAAACCAUCUUGCUUAUAAUUGCCGCACUAACAUAUUGUACCUUUUUGCUGUUGCAGUGUUCUGUAGUAGUCUUUUUAGCCAAAAUUGUCUGAAAUAUGGCUUCAGACUAGUGCUUAUAUUGCUGAUGUGUAGAACUUAAGGACUUAUGUUCUUUGCUAAAAACAAUCAGUUCAGUCAGCUUUAGUUCAGUGAGACAGUUUUCCCGGUAUAAAGCGUUUGGUUUCCUCAGUAAUAAAUUUUAAAAGUGUAUACAAAUUUGCUGCCUUUCUGUUAAGCUUAUAUAAUUACUUGUAAAAUACCAGACAUUUUGUGUGCCUCUAUGAUCCUCUUCUUUUGUCGAGUGUAAACAAAACAAAUCAGAAACGUUUUAAACCGACUGGGUGAUAAAUUCGAACCAAAAUCUACUCAUCGGAAAAAAAACAAGCAAUUAUGUUGCAAUCACUCGCUUUGUAUGUCGCAGUUUCAAACCCUUUUCAAUCUAGCUAGGUAAUAUCACUGGUCUUUAUAGUUAUAACUUAACUGAAUCAGUACUUUUCGAAUCAUAAUUUUUAUAGUUAUUCCUUUACACUACCAUGGGUAACAGUUUAUAUUUUAGUGUUACACUUGAGACAAAUUUCGUGUCUAAAUUUUAGGGAUUUGGGUAACAGAUUUAAGAUUGUAUAAUGUAGUCUUUUUAACUGUUUAACAGGCAUUUACUAACUCUUGGUCUUUUUAAUAUUAGGAUGUUGACAUUAAUUUCUUAGCAAAAGCUACUCAGGGAUUUUCGGGUGCUGACCUCACAGAAAUAUGUCAGCGUGCCUGUAAACAAGCAAUACGUGAAUCUAUCGAGGCGGAAAUACGUGCUGAAUCUGAAAAGAAAAACAAGCCCAAUGCUAUGGAAGAUGAUUUUGAUCCAGUGCCAGAAAUAACUCGUCGUCACUUUGAAGAAGCAAUGCGCUUUGCAAGACGCUCAGUGACUGAAAAUGAUGUACGGAAAUAUGAAAUGUUCGCCCAAACAUUGCAACAGUCAAGAGGAAUAGGUAGUAAUUUCAGAUUCCCUGGAUCAGAUGGACCUGGAAUACCUACAGGUCAUGGUACUCAGGGAGGAGGAGGAGGAUCAGCCUAUGGAUCUCAAAAUGACGCAGAAGAUUUAUACAACUAAACGAUUGUCACAACAUUUUACUUUUCAGUUUAUUGAAAACUUUAGGCUCAAGCUAUCCUGUGUCAUCAAUUUCACCUACUUAUGCUUCUGGUUUGAAUUCUAAUUAUCAGUUAUGUGACGUCUGACUGAUUAAUUUUUUCUAUCCCCAAACUGUUCCCUUUGUAAUUCAGACAGAAUUUGUACCUGGCAUAUUUCCAUACAUUUAUUUCAUGUU